AUGGCAGACCUUCCAGAUUACUAUUCCGUCCUAGAGGUCGCGCCUACAGCCACGAACGAAGACAUCAAGCGAGCCUACAAACGGGCCGCUCUCAAAUGGCACCCUGACCGUGUCCCCUCGGAUUCCGCAGAAAGGCCAAAACGCACCAAGAUGUUCCAGAGGAUCAAUGAUGCAUACUACACGCUUUCCGAACCCACCAGACGGCGAGACUACGACGAGGCACGACGCUUCUCUGGCGGUGGGGCCUCUACAUCGUUUGACGAUGACGAGGCAGACGAGGAGGUUCCCCGUGCUCAAGGCGGGGGUGGACCGUCUUGGGCCAACAUGUUUGGCUUCGGCAAGAAGGCGGACGGCCAAGAGGAUGCUUUCGCCAACGACCAAUUCCGCGGUGCGUUCGAGGAGAUGAUGGGGGAUGCCGACAUGGCGGAUCGGGAAGGGGAUACCGCGGUGCCGAACAAGCGCUUCUGGAGUAUCAUUGGUGGUAUCUCCGGGUUUGCGUUGGGCUUUAUUGCAGGUGACAUUGUGGGUGCGAUUCCCGGUGCGGCGGUGGGAAGUAAGAUGGGCUCCAUCAGGGAUGCCAAGGGCAAGUCGGUAUAUGCCGUCUUUCAGUCCCUGGACCAGAGCCAGAGGGCUCGUGUCUUGAGUGAGCUCGCCUCCAAGAUCUUGAGCGGUGCCAUCAGUUGA